AUGGAAAAGUUACUAAAGUUCAAUGCUUCUUCCUGUCGCGAUGAGCCCAUUGCGCAAGAUGAGUUGAUGGAGGUAUGCUAUCAGAUAAAAAAUAUAGAUACAGAGGCGGCGCCAAGAGAAGUUAUAAUUGAAACAGUCCAGAACUUGUCAUAUAAAUCUCUGAAUGAUAAUGGGGUAGGGGAGCUAGUGAUACGAACUUUGAAGACAUUGCUUUCUAACUCUCAAGUGAACAUAUGCGAAGAUCUAAUCUCAAGAUUAGUCCCAAUGCUUCCACGAAUAAAAGUGAAAGAUGACGCAGGAACAAGCACAAGUCUCAAUCCACAACUGGGUAUGAGUCUUGGCGAUGACGAAGCUCGCCGGACUUGGAGGAUGAAUGGUGGGCUCAAAAGCAUACCCUUUAUGUACGCGGUUCUAUUCAAUCUCAAACAUUCGCAGGUAUCAUCAAAUUUAUGGUGGAUAACACCAGGUAUUUUGAAUAUUUUAGACGACACUACGGAUUUGUUAAAUAUCAGAUUGAAGGGUGUUCUCUUGGUCCGAACAUUUCUGGAGGAAUGCUUUGACGACGAGAAGCAUUGGAUUUCAUUUCAUGAUACAGGAUUAUAUGCACUAUAUGAGCCAAUUUUAUUCAAUAUGUGCUACUCUUUACCUCCAGGAUAUUCAUCGCAAGACUCUUUGGCAAUAUGGAAAGUUGUUUUCCCAUCUUUAAAUGUCCUAUAUCGCUUGCAAUUCAAACAUAACGAUACUGCGUAUAGACAUCAUUUGGGCAAACUUCUCUCUCAGCUACUUUUACAAAAUGUUAUUCCUCGAAUCAACUUAACAGAUGAGAAUUUAACAUUGUUUGCACUACAAGCGAUAGUUGUAAUAAUCAAAUGUUUGGACACAGCCAUUGUGUCACACUUUCAACGCAUAGUUUACACUCUAGGUGAAUAUCUCAUAAGGAACGCAUUUUUCACUGCAUUCAGUACAUUGAUGAACGGAACGUUAGACGUUAUCUCGGCCCUUAUUGAUGUCUGUCCCAGCGAAAGGCUCCUGGCGCACAAAUACGACAUACUUGCCAUGAUUUUAAUAACCUUUGAAAAGUGUCAAACCGAAGGUAAACUGACGGACGACCUAGUAACACGGCUAAAAGAUAUGGUGCAACUAUUGGAAUCCAAAGGCUGUGAUCUAGCAGCUGAUAAACACGAGAUUCUAAAAACUAAAGAUAUGCAUGAUAUAUUAAUUUGA